GUGAACAUUCCCUCCGAAAAGCCACGCAGGAUCUUCUGAUCUGGAUUAGGGUUUUUGGACCUUGCUGGAUUUGUGGUGUCGGGUUGUGGGUCUGGAUCAUGGAGUUCUCGGACCUCUCGUUCCCGAUCCCUUCCGCCGAAGAGUUCUACGACGACCCCUGUUUUAACACCAGUGACAUGCACUUCUUUGAGGACCUGGACCCGAGGCUGGUUCACGUGGGCCUGCUGAAGCCCGAGGACUCCUCGUCCUCCUCUUCAUCCUCCCCUCCCUCCUCCUCCUCCUCCCCGUCCUCCCUGCUGCACCUCCACCACCACGCAGAGGCAGAGGACGACGAGCACGUGCGCGCGCCCAGCGGGCACCACCAGGCGGGUCGGUGCCUGCUUUGGGCCUGUAAGGCCUGCAAGAGGAAGACCACCAACGCGGACCGCCGGAAGGCCGCCACGCUGCGCGAGCGCCGGCGGCUCAGCAAGGUCAACGACGCGUUCGAGACCCUGAAGCGCUGCACCACGGCCAACCCGAACCAGCGGCUCCCCAAAGUGGAGAUCCUGCGGAACGCCAUCAGCUACAUCGAGUCCCUGCAGGCGCUGCUCCGCGGCGGCCAAGACGACAGCUUCUACCCGGUCCUGGAGCACUACAGCGGGGACUCGGACGCCUCCAGCCCGCGCUCCAACUGCUCCGACGGCAUGACUGAUUUUAACGGACCCAGCUGUCAGUCUGACAGAAGAGGGCGCUAUGACAGCAGCUCUUAUUUCUCCGAGAGUCCAAACGCCCCUGUGAAGGCCGAGCGGACUUCGGUCCAGGUUUCCAGUCUGGACUGUCUGUCCAGCAUCGUGGAGAGAAUUUCCACGGAGGGCAGCGCCCUGCUGCCGGCCACCGACAGCCCAGACUCCCCGCCGGCCGAGCCGCCGACAGCUGCUGAGACGCCAAACACCGCCCAGGCCUCGUCUCCGACCAUCAGCCAGGACCCGAGCCUGAUCUACCAGGUCCUAUAGACCAUGACCUCUGACCUUCUUACAUGGUGUCCAGUCCAAACAAACCUACACUGAAUGUUUUAGAAUUUCACAAGUUCUAAACAGAGUCUUCACAGCCUGUUUGCAUUUAAUUUACAAAUUAAUUUUUCACACUUAAAAAAAAAUGUUUUCACUUUUUUCUGUGUGUUCUGAAUCUGAGGUAAUAAAGUAUUUUCCUGACAGAAAUAAAAUAAACACUAAAAAUAAUACAGUGACAGUUUGGUAAGAUGAUCAAUUAUAAAUGGAAGAAUUAUUAAAUAUUUAUAAAUCUACCUAUUAUUUAUUAAUUAGUAUUAUGAUAAGAUAUAAUCCAGUAAAAAUAAGGUGUCAGUUAUUUAUAUUAAUUUAUAAUGUACAGUGUUUUUAAUCAAUAAAUUUCCUCACUUUUAGCCACAUGGAAAAUAUAACUAUGUCACCAUUUGGAUAAAUAACUUUAUAGAACCACGGUAAUGUUUUAUCAUAUGUCAGAAGUAUGUUUAUUCAUCACUUGUGUUACUGGCAGAAAAUAUAUUUUGUGGAGGUAAAAUCCUUUUUUCCUGAUUAUUUUUAGGAUUUAGAUUACAAACAACAUAAAUGCUGGAAAAUAGUUUUGUUUUUGCUUUUUAAAAAUCAGCAGGAUUUUUUAAAUAACACCACCAAGUGUUUUUUUUUUUUCUGUUUUGUUUUGUAGUUCAGUUGUUAAAGGACGGAGGCCAAAAACCGAUUACAUUCCUCCACGUUGUCCAUCUGAUGUCCUAAAAGCCCCAAAUUUUUGAAUUGUCAAGAAAACUAAAACUACAGUCGUCCUGUGACUUAUUUUAAAAUUCUAAUUUUAUCUGUUUCUAUUUAAAUGUUUGCUUUAAAGAGUAGAAAUCAUUCACAGAUUAAUUCCUAAAGGAACCACUGUAGUUAUUAUCAUGUCCAAUUUAAGAAUAAUUCACUUUAAAUUGUCAUUUUCAUUCACUGCAGCAGAGGACCAUUUUUUUCUUUUUGUAUAUAAGAUGUAAAUAAGAGCCGAUUUGUUCCAACUGAAAGUUUUAUGUAUUUAAUGCGUCUGUAUGUGCUUUUGUUUGUUGUGAAAAAUGUUAACUUUAUAUUUAUACAUCUGAAAACUGAGUGACAGUUUAAU